GGGAUCCAAACCUGUAGCCUUGAUGUUAUCAGCACCGCACUCUCCCGAGUGAGCCACGGGCCGGCCCUGGGACAGUCCAUUUUAAUAGUGAAGGUAUCCUUGGAAGCACCCUUUCCUUAAACUGGAUGUUAUGGGAGAGUCCACUGUAGGAAGGGAUUUCCUUGAAGAGUUCAUUCAGAAGAGAUGAGAAGAUGGGAUUGUCCUUUGGAGAAAGAUCUCCUUGGAAGCAUCUAUUCUUUGAGGGAAUGAAAAUAGUAGCAUCCAUGCCAAGAAAGGGGUCUUCUUGUCAAUAUCCAGUCUUCGUGUUGGGUGUUAUGGGACGGUCUACCACAGAAAGUGCCUUGGAAGUCCACUCAUCAGAAGUGGGGGUACUUGGAAAGUCCUUUUGGAUCCCAGAUCUCCUUGAAGUGUUCAUUUAAAAGAGGUGGGGGAUGGGAAAGUCCAUUGUGGGAGAGGGAUUUCUUUGGAAGCAUCCAUUCCUCGCAGAAAGGUGUCCUUCAUACAUCUUCACUUUCCCAACAGGACUUCGUGGUGUAUGUGAUGACACGGGAGCAGCACGUGUUUGGCCGGGGUGGUAACUCGUCCACCCGCAGCGGGUCCCCAGCCCCAUAUGUGGACACCUUCCUCAAUGCCCCGGACAUCCUGCCGCGUCACUGCACAGUGCGGGCUGGCCCUGAGCCCCCAGCCAUGGUGCGCCCAUCCCGAGGCGCCCCGGUCACACACAACGGAUGCCUACUGCUAAGGGAGGCCGAGUUGCACCCGGGCGACCUGCUGGGGCUGGGCGAGCACUUUCUGUUUAUGUACAAGGACCCCCGCACUGGGGGCUCGGGGCCCGCACGGCCACCGUGGCUACCCGCACGUCCUGGGGCCACACCGCCGGGCCCCGGCUGGGCCUUCUCCUGCCGCCUGUGCGGCCGCGGCCUGCAGGAGCGCGGCGAGGCGCUGGCCGCCUACCUGGACGGCCGCGAGCCCGUACUGCGCUUCCGGCCGCGCGAGGAGGAGGCGCUGCUGGGCGAGAUCGUGCGUGCGGCCGCCGCUGGCGCUGGAGACCUGCCGCCGCUCGGGCCCGCCACGCUGCUCGCACUGUGUGUGCAGCAUUCGGCCCGGGAGCUGGAGCUGGGCCACUUGCCGCGCCUGCUGGGCCGCCUGGCCCGGCUUAUUAAGGAGGCCGUCUGGGAGAAGAUUAAGGAAAUUGGAGACCGUCAGCCAGAAAACCACCCUGAGGGGGUCCCUGAGGAGCCCCUGACCCCUGAGGCUGUGUCUGUGGAGCUGCGGCCUCUCAUGCUGUGGAUGGCCAACACCACAGAGCUGCUGAGCUUUGUGCAGGAGAAGGUGCUAGAAAUGGAGAAGGAAGCUGACCAGGAGGACCCACAGCUCUGCAAUGACUUGGAGUUAUGUGAUGAGGCCAUGGCCCUCCUGGAUGAGGUCAUCAUGUGUACCUUCCAGCAGUCUGUCUACUACCUCACCAAGACUCUGUAUUCAACGCUGCCUGCUCUCCUGGAUAGUAACCCUUUCACAGCUGGGGCAGAGUUGCCAGGGCCUGGCGCAGAGCUGGGGGCCAUGCCUCCAGGAUUGAGACCUACCCUGGGCGUGUUCCAGGCUGCCCUGGAACUGACUAGCCAGUGCGAGCUGCACCCGGACCUCGUGUCUCAGACUUUCGGCUACUUGUUCUUCUUCUCCAAUGCAUCCCUUCUCAACUCACUGAUGGAACGAGGUCAAGGCCGACCUUUCUAUCAGUGGUCCCGAGCUGUCCAAAUCCGAACAAACCUGGACCUUGUCUCGGACUGGCUGCAAGGGGCUGGGCUAGGCGACAUUGCCACUGAGUUCUUCCGGAAACUCUCCAUGGCUGUGAACCUGCUCUGCGUGCCCCGCACCUCCUUGCUCAAGGCUUCAUGGAGCAGCCUACGAACUGAACACUCCACACUGAGCCCCGCUCAGCUCCACCAUCUUCUUAGCCACUACCAGCUGGGUCCCGGCCAUGGGCCGCCACCCGCCUGGGACCCUCCGCCUGCAGAGCGAGAUGCUGUGGACACAGGCGACAUCUUCGAAAGCUUCUCCUCCCACCCUCCCCUCAUCCUGCCGCUGGGCAGCUCGCGCCUGCGCCUCACGGGUCCGGUGACGGACGACGCCCUGCACCGCGAACUGCGCAGGCUCCGCCGCCUGCUCUGGGAUCUUGAGCAGCAGGAGCUGCCGGCCAAUCACCGCCACGGGCCCCCCGUGGCUCCGCCUCCUUGAGAGCGCCCCGCAAACGAGUGCGCGGACCUUGAGCAUCUCUCGGCGCCUAGUCGCGGCCGCCCGCUGAGCGCUGAGCUUUGUGGGAGCUCCCGCGUGGAACGCCGGAGGAUGGGAGGAUGGGAAGAUGGGCUUGGGUGUGAGUGCCGAGGAGCAAUAAAAGUGUCUGUGACAUUG